GGUAACAAUGACGACUAAGAAGCUGCUCAUUGAAACACUGAACCAGUUGAGUCCAGAGGACUUUGCUGAGUUCAAGUCAAUCAUUGAAGUGGAUAAAAAGUUCACAUUCUUCUCAAAGAGGGAACUGAAAGCAGGAAACACACAGGAUGUAGUGGAGCUGAUGGAGAAGACGUACGGGCGAGGGUGUGUGGAGGAGACCAGAAAGGCUUUAAUGAAGAUGAGCAGAACUGAUCUGGUGCAGAGAUUAUCAGACAAACAGUUUCCUGCACUGAGUCAGAGAGUAGAAACGAUGGAGUCUCUUAUUGAGCUGCUUUUGGAAACACUGGCUGAUUUGAGUGACAGCGAGUUCAACAACUUCAAGCAGGUCCUCAGGAGGAAACGUGACUUAUGCUUCCAACUAAUGGAGAGCGGGGCGUCAGACCUGCAGGACACAGUGUUUUCCAUGGUGCAGACUUAUGGCCAACAGUCAUUGACGAUGAUCAUGGAGCUGUUAAAGGAUAUCAGUAGGAGUGAUCUGGCUCAGAGGCUGUCAGACUGCAGCUCAGAACCUAAAAGAAAACAUCUGGAUGAACAUCUGUCUGCACUGAUCCACAAAGUUGCAACAAUGGCAGCUGUUAAAGAGCUGCUUUUGGAAACACUGAAGGAUUUGAGUGAACAGGAUCUGUGGAAAUUCAGGAUAUUUCUGAAGUUCACGUGUUUUCAGAAGAGUGUUCCACAAAUCAGUCUGAAUACAGAUGCAGCAGAAAUAGUGAACCGUUUAAUGGAUGAACUUGGUCAUCAGUCUGUGGAGGUGAUCAUGGAGGUUUUAACAGACAUGAAGAGAACUGAUCUGGUGCAGAGGCUUUCAGAGAGCAGCUCAGGACUCAAAGCUGCAGGAACAUCAGCUGAAGGAUUUGAUGUGGAGGACACAGAGAGAGAGAAACACUCUGAGGAUGAACGUUGGCCUGCACUGAUCCACCAAGUAGAAACGAUGGAGUCUGUUAUUGAGCUGCUUUUGGAAACUCUGGCUGCUCUGAAUGACCAGGAGCUCAGAGAGUUCAAGCAGGUCCUGUUUGAAAUUCAUCAUCACAGAAACAAAUAUUACUCAGACUUCACAUGGAUGCUGUUCAUGAGGACAGACCUGCAGGACACAGUGUUUGUAAUGGUGCAGACUUACGGCCAACAGUCAGUGGAGAAGACCAUGGAGGGUUUAAAGAAGAUGAAGAGGACUGAUCUGGCUCAGAGGCUGUCAGACUGCAGCUCACUGCCUAGAAAGAAACACUCUGUGGAUGAUCGACACUCUGCACUGAUCCACACAGUGAGUCAUGUCACGUCUCUGAUUCAGUACAAGACAGCAGAUGCAGACUGA